AGCAAAAGCUGUCAAUUCAGCAAUCAAAACUAGCAAAAAUGUUUUAAAAUUGUACACAGUAAAAUGCUGCUGAGCAAGUCUAUUGAGUUCUCAUUCUCCUGCUACUACAGUUCCAAUCCGUAAUGAACCACACCGAAACAUGCCGUCUAUGACCAGAAGAAAACAUCAGUAUACAGCUUCUAAGAUAGAUGAUACCGCAUUUGAUUUGGAAAGUGCUUCAUGCUGAUUCUGGACAGAGCAGAUCUAGUGCAAUAAUGGAUAUUACUCCUCUGCUACCCCGGGAUUCUGGUUAUCAUCAUCUGAAUUCGGGCACAAAUAGUACCUAUACCAUGGAAGCUCUGAAAAUCCAACUUUCAACCAAGCUUUCCAUCACCACUACCUCAUUCAAACGUUUCCGAGUGCCUCUGUUCCUGACGCUACUUGGCAAACUUCUUGUUCCAACAAUAUACACAUCGUGCAGGGUAUACAUUCUUGGCUCCAUUCCAGACGAGACUGUUAUUAAUGUGAUCUCUCAAAUGAUGUGGGUCACUGUCAUCAUGGAGAUCAUAGAGGAGGCCUUGUUGAUGCCUCUGUACCACUGUUUUGGAAAGGUUGCUGCAGCAGAGAAUGACAGUCAGUUGGUACCGAAAGUUAGAAGUGGGUUCUACGUGUGUCUUCUGUUUUACAUCUUGUUUUGCAGUGUCAUCGCCAUCUUCACACCUCAACUUAUCGAUGUCAUGGGGAUUAACCACAAGCUAGGACCAGAGACUGCUAAAUAUAUUAGGCUGGAGUUAGUAGGCGUGUUUCUGAAGGGAAUUGUCAAGCUGUAUGGUAUUGUACUGCUCAUCAAAGGGAAAAGUUUGUAUCUCAAUGCAAUACUGUUCGUUCAACUUUUCUGUGCUAUUCUCUCCGAUACAUUCUUCUUUUCGAAUCUGAGCAUCUCCCUAAAGUUGGGAUCAGAAGGGGUAGCCUACUCCUCAAUAAUACAACAGUUUGUUUCCUCACUAGCCACCUUUCUGCUGACCAGCAUAUCCCUGGAGGUCCCAAUAACCCAGCUGUUCACUCUAGAAAGAGGUGAUUUUACCUGGCUCAAGCUCUGGACUCGCCAAGGACUCUACUCAGGAUUCGAGUCUUUUGUUCGGAACUUUGUGUACCUGCUUGUCGUGCUACGAGGAAUGAACUUGCUUCACGAACAAGACGUGUACUGGAUUGCUAACAACUUUAUCUGGGGCUGGUUGUUACUGCCUGUUCUAUCUCUGUCAGAGCUCCUCAGACAAGAUGUUGCUACUAACCAUCCUACGGAGGGGUUCAAGGUCAUCAUCCCUGCUUACUGCUGCAUUACUGUGGGUAUCGUUGUUGUCUGGGGAGUGACUACUCCAGGCUGGUAUGGUUUUAUAGAGACGGUGCUGAAUGCUGGAGACAGAAAACCUGGCGUGAUUACCAGACUGGUGUUCCAAAUGAUGGUGGGGUACUUGUUCUUUAUUGUCAGUCAUCUCAACAGAUCCAUCUUCUACGCUAAGGGAAAGAUCCAGUAUCUGUGUAUUUCCUCCUCCACUGCAAGCGUGUUCAUGGUAUUCCUCUUCGUCCUGGUAAUAUUCGACAUUGUUCCAGCUACCCUUGAAAUUACAGCUGGUAUCUUCUCAGCUAACAUGAUCCUGGGUAGCAUAGUGUCCAUUAUUCUUCUCAAAUAUAUGAUGUUGACGUUGGAUGAAGUCCCCAAACCUGAUGAGGAAAGACAGUGAUAUAUUUUAAUUGAUUUGAUUUGAAUAUGAAUGUUUCUUUUUCUAUUGCAGAAAUGUGCCAUAUUUUUUAAAUGUCAGAAUUAUCAAGAUAUCAUUUUAAAACUUUUUUAGAGUGA